GUCGCCUCGCUUGCUUGCUUGCUUGCUGCUGCUGCAGACUGCGGACCACACACACACACACACACACACACUGGUGACCAUUAGGUGCUCACUUUGGGUGUCGACAAAAUGGUGAAAAUAACAACAGUGAAGACCAAGCCGUACACGGACCAGAAGCCGGGGACGAGCGGUCUGAGAAAGAGGGUGACGGUGUUUCAACAGAACCAGCACUAUGCGGAGAACUUCAUCCAGAGCACCCUGUCUGUCAUCGAGCCCGCAGAGCGCCAGGCUGCCACCGUGGUGGUGGGAGGAGACGGCAGGUUCUUCAUGAAAGACGCCAUUCAGCUCAUCGUCCAGAUUGCUGCUGCCAACGGGAUUGGUAAUCUGGUGAUUGGUCAGGAUGGCAUCAUGUCCACCCCAGCCGUCUCCUGUGUGAUCCGCAAGAUAAAGGCGGUGGGGGGUAUCAUCCUCACAGCCAGCCACAACCCCGGAGGCCCCAACGGAGACUUUGGCAUUAAGUACAACAUCUCCAGUGGAGGACCUGCUCCAGAGGGAAUCACAAACAAAAUAUAUGAAGUCAGCAAAGGCCUGCAGGAGUAUCACAUCUGCCCGGAGCUGAAGGUUGAUCUCUCCAAAAUCGGAAAACAGACCUUUGAGGUGGAAACUUUCAAACCUUUCACAGUGGAGAUCGUGGACUCUGUGGAGGCCUACGCUGAGAUGCUGAGGGGCAUCUUUGACUUUGCUGCGCUGAAGGAGCUUCUCUCCGGAGCUAACCACAUCAACGUCCGCCUGGACGCCAUGCAUGGAGUGGUCGGUCCCUAUGUGAAGAAGAUCGUCUGUGAAGAACUCGGUUCUCCUGCAAACUCUGCCGUCAACUGUGUCCCUAAGGAGGACUUCGGAGGACACCACCCUGACCCCAAUCUGACGUACGCCGCCGAUCUGGUCAACGCCAUGAAAGGAGGAGAGUACGACUUUGGAGCUGCUUUUGACGGUGAUGGUGACCGGAACAUGGUGCUGGGUAAAAAGGGCUUUUUCGUCAACCCCUCAGACUCUGUGGCUGUCAUCGCUGCAAACAUCACCAGCAUCCCUUACUUCCAGAAGACUGGUGUGAAGGGACUGGCCCGCAGUAUGCCCACCAGUGGAGCUCUGGACAAUGUGGCUAAAGCUCUUCAGAUGCAGCUGUACGAGACUCCGACCGGUUGGAAGUUCUUCGGCAAUCUGAUGGAUGCGGGCAAACUGUCACUGUGUGGAGAGGAGAGCUUCGGCACAGGUUCAGAUCAUAUCCGCGAGAAGGACGGUUUGUGGGCGGUGCUUGCGUGGCUGUCGAUCUUAGCCACCAGGAAACAGAGCGUGGAAGAGAUCAUGAAGGAUCACUGGCAGAAGUUCGGCAGGAACUUCUUCACAAGGUACGACUACGAGGAGGUGGACUCCGAUGCUGCCAACAAGAUGAUCAAGGAUCUGGAGACGGCCAUGUUCGACCCAUCCUUCGUAGGGAAGAAGUUCUCCUCGGGGGAUAAGACGUACGAGGUGGCUGUCGCUGAUAACUUCGCCUACACGGACCCUGUGGAUGGAAGUGUGUCCAAAAACCAGGGUUUGAGGAUCAUCUUCUCCGAUGGUUCUAGGAUUAUUUUCCGUCUCAGCGGUACGGGCAGCGCGGGGGCAACAGUCAGGCUCUACAUAGACAGCUACGAGAAGGACCCCCAGAAGAUUUACCAGGACCCACAGGUGAUGCUGGCCCCUCUGGUAGACAUCGCCCUGAAGGUCUCCCAGCUCCACGAGAGGACUGGACGCUCAGGUCCCACUGUGAUCACAUGAUUCCUCUGCCACACUGCCUCCGCACCCCCCUCCCCCCACUCUCUCUCUGGGGGUGAAGCUGCCCUUGAAUGCUGUCUUGGCUUCAGUUCCUGGCCCUUUAGACAAAAAACUGAAACCUAACAUGGAAGGCAGACUACAAGAAACACAUCUCUAUUAGAGGUUAACCACUGCCAUUAUCUAGUGUUAAAGUAUGAGAACACUGUUUCCCUGUCACAUGUUCAAACAAAUAUGUAGCUUUUUAUGCAGUAGCAACAAGUUUGUCUUUGAAGUCUCAUAUUUGAUUCAUGUGUUCAAAGGAAAACGCAAAAAAAAGCAAAAUCAAUGUGCGGACUCGAACGCUUGAACAGAAUGUGCCUCGUGUAGUUUCUGUAUCCAUGUUCAACUAUAUGUUAUUGUCCAGGUCUGUUUCUGAAACAUAUCAUUAAAUGGAGAAACUGCCAAACUGGCCAUAGAUCAGCAAUUUGGGGGGCAAUCUCAUCCCCCCUACGUUUCCCUUAUCUGACCUGGUGCCUUCCCCUUCCGUCUGUUAUCUACAACCACCAAAGUAGCCUCUAAACCUCAACCAUGAACCGACACAUCCAGCGUUAAUAAAAUAACCCUACAUAAAGGAAA